AUGUUGGGAUUAAAUAAGGUGGCACUCCUGCUGUCUUUCCUGGCUUCCCUGGCUUUGGGCCAAGGAUCUGUGAGGACCAGGAGUCAGCUGGACAGGAGCCGGAGAGUGGCCCUCAACACCUUCACGGACACACAGACAACAGGCGUGACAGAGUGGACGUCUUGGUUCAACAUCGACCAUCCUGGAGGGAAUGGAGACUACGAGCGCCUGGAGGCGAUACGUUUCUACUACAGGGAGAGAGUCUGCGCGCGGCCAAUGGCCAUGGAGGCUCGCACGACAGACUGGGUCGCGGCGGCGGACACUGGGGAAGUGGUCCACUCCAGUCUGGAGAAAGGCUUCUGGUGCAUCAACAAGGAACAGCCCCACGGUCGCAUCUGCUCCAACUAUCACGUCCGCUUUCAGUGUCCCCCAGUGCAGAGCUACUGGACCGACUGGAGCGAAUGGGGUCCCUGCUCAGCCACGGUCUGUGACGACGUAGGCAUCCAGGUCCGCCAGAGGAAAUGUGUCAACACCCAGCCCAUGCCUCUCCUGUUGGUGCCAGCGUGCCAGGGUCACCAUUCAGAAAGGAGGGAGUGCUCUACCCCUCUAUGUACAGCCAAGUGGAGUCCGUGGGGUCGGUGGGGGACGUGUUCUGUGACCUGUGGUGGAGGUCGCAGGAUCAGGAGGAGGACCUGUGUGCGGACCUCGGUGACAAUUCAGUGUACUGGACGGCCUGUUGAAAUUCAGAAGUGCGGGAAGAGUCCGUGCCCAGCCAAAUGUCAGCGCGUGUGCACCGAAGGCCGUCCCAGUGAGGACUGCAGCCUGUGUGUGUGCGACAACCACGUGUUGCGCGGAGAAGUCCACACUGUGACCGGCGUCCCUGUGGCAGGGGCCUUGGUGGCUCUGGCCGGCCAGCCCAAGGCGAUCCGUGCUCGGACGGACGCCAAGGGUCAGUUUGGCCUCAAAGGAGUCUGCUCCUCCAGCUCGACCUUGAUCUCCAUCAGGAAGGAGAAGUACGCCCCGAUCACUGUGCCCACUUCCAGUAACACCACAGGGCUGUCGUGGGUACAGGCUGUCCUCAAAUCAGCUGAAAAGCCGUACAUCGUGAAGCACCCGGAGGACAAAGUGCGUUAUGAGGGAGGAAGGGUGCUGCUGUGCUGCAAGGCAACGGGAUCACCAGCGCCUGACAAAUACUACUGGUACCACAACGGGACUCUGCUGGACAGGAAGGUGUACAAGUAUGAAGAGGACCUUGUGCUGCGCGACCUGAAGCCGGAGCAGUCGGGACAGUACUACUGCAAAACCAGCAGCCCUGCAGGCAGCAUCAAGUCCACGCCAUCCUUCCUCACUGUGAUCGCAAAAGGAACACCAGCAUGCAAUUCCACCCCGGAGACGCACCUCAUCAGACUGCCGAUGGACUGUGUUCAACCCGGGACUGUUUCCAAGUACUACAACGCAGGCCGCUGCCUUCUCAACAAAUGUGCUGGCUCUCUAGAUUUUGAUAUGCGCUGCAGAGACGGGUCUGCAUUCUGCUGUGGGGUCCAGAAUUUGGAAAGCCGAAACAUUGACUGUGGGAGCUACAGCCUCCCUAUCCGGGCUGUGACACAGUGCGGCUGCCAGAAGUGUGUGCAGCCGACUGUGCUGGUUCGUGGUAGAGUGGUCACAGCUGACAACGAUGAGCCUCUGCGCUUUGGACACAUCUAUAUUGGUAAGGAGAGGGUGGGCACCACCGGAUACCAAGGAGGCUUCACAUUGCAAAUUAAUCCUGAUACACAGAGAUUGGUUGUAAAUUUUGUUGACCCCACUCAGAAGUUUCUUGACACUCCAAAGGUGUUCAUCUUGGAUAAGAAAGGUGGGUCCAUCUACCAUGAUGUAAAGGUGAUGAGAAAGCAGACGCCGAUUGAUAUCAAUGCAGGAGAGACUAACUCUAUAAACCUAGGGGAAAUUAAAGGGGAAGACCCCAUUGGUCAGUUGGUUAUUCCUCCCAACUCUUUCCACAAGGACAAUGGCGAAAUCUAUGAGGGAACUGUGAAAGCCAGCGUCACAUUCAUUGACCCGAGAAAUAUCACCACGGCGGCUGCGGCCCCCGGCGAUCUCAACUUUGUGGACGAUGACGGUGACAUGCUUCCUUUGAGGACCUACGGCAUGUUCUCUGUGGACUUCAGAGAUGAAACCAACAAGGAGGUACUCGGAGCCGGAGCUGUUCAAGUCCUUCUUGACACACAGCACGUCAAAAUGCAAGAGCACAUUCCCAAAAUGAAACUGUGGUCUUUAAACCCAGACACAGGAGUCUGGGAAGAGGAGAGUGACUUCUACGCCACGCAAACUACUGGUGGUCACGGGCGAAGCAAGCGAGAGGAGCGCACAUUCCUCAUAGGCAACAUGGAGAUCCGAGAACGUAGGCUCUUUAAUUUAGACGUGCCUGAAAAUAGGCGCUGCUAUGUCAAAGUCCGUGCCUACAUGAGUGACAAGUUCCUACCUACUGAACAGCUGGAGGGUGUUGUGAUUAGCUUGAUAAACUUGGAACCUAAACCUGGUUAUUCCUCCAAUCCAAGGGCAUGGGGGCGCUUUGAUAGCGUCAUCACUGGACCUAACGGGGCUUGUUUACCUGCUUUCUGUGAUGCCCAAAGGCCCGACGCUUACACUGCUUAUGUCACGGCAAUGAUGGGUGGGGAAGAACUGGAGGCAGCUCCCUCCUCCCCCAAAAUGAAUCCAAACAUCAUUGGAGUGUCUCAGCCAUACCUGGAUAAAAUCGACUACCAGCGCUCAGACCACGAGGAUCCAGCUCUGAAGAAAACAGCCUUCAGAAUCAACUUGGCAAAGCCCAACCAAAAUAACCUUGAUGAGACCAAUGGGCCAAUAUAUCCGUAUCAGAAUUUAAUAGCCUGUGAAAAUGCUCCUGUUGAUGCAAAUCAUUUCAGAUUCUUCAGAGUGGAAAAGGACAAGUAUGAAUACAAUGUUGUUCCCUUUGAGGAGAAUGAUUUGACGACCUGGACUGGCGACUACCUCUCCUGGUGGCCCAAUCCCCAGGAGUUCAGAGCAUGCUUCAUUAAGGUCAAGAUCCAAGGACAGAAGGAAGUGAUGAUCAGGUCAAGGAAUCUCGGAGGAACACACAGAGAAACAAAAGGCCAACUUUAUGGCAUAAGAGACAUUCGCAGCACCCGCGACAUGCGAGAGGCCAACACCUCAGCAGCCUGCGUAGAGUUCAAAUGCAGUGGCAUGUUGUUCGAUCAAGCUGAGGUGGACCGCUCGCUCAUAUCAGUGCUUCCUCAGGGGAACUGUCGCAGGAUUAACACUAACAGUCUCCUGCACGAGUAUCUCAUCAAACAUCCACCAGUAGCUCAAAAUAACGAGUCCCAUGCGUUCACCAUGCUGGCACCUGUAGAUCCUUUGGGACACAACUAUGGCAUCUACACAGUCACAGACCAGAAUCCCAGGGUGGCCAAGGAGAUUGCUAUAGGCCGCUGCUUUGACGGCACCUCAGAUGGUUUCUCAAGGGAGAUGAAGUCAGACUCUGGAGUGGCUCUAACCUUCAGCUGUCCGGAGAGGAAAAUUAACAGAGAGAGCCUUUUCCAACGUCUGCAGACCAACCCUGGUCAGACUUUGUCUCAGAUGGCGAGGGACAUGAGGGAGUCGGAGGGUCUGCAGGCGCAGAGAUUAUCCUCCCAGGUGGUGGCCUAUCCUUCAGAGCAGCAGGGCAGGUCCCAGAGUCGCAGAGUCAGCUCCACAACCAGGAGGAGAGUGUCCACGCGCAUACAGCGGCGCCAAUAGAUGUAACAAGAGGUCUUCAGUCAAUGACGGCAUCAAGUCGAGGGAGUAAAAGUUGAACAUCUGUGGAUGAGUAUGAACUCCCUCCUCACUAUGGAAACCACAAAACCAAGGCAGACAGCAAUUCAGCAAAAUCAAUGAGUGUGAUUGAACAUAUUCAUUAGACGUAUACUUACUUGAAGGGUUCGGUAUAUCAUUUUUCUUCCUUCCCUCCUCAAAGAAAUGCAUCAUUUGUUUGUAUGUAAUGCAGUGACUGGCAAUUUUUUAAAUCAGCUUUGGUCUAACUUUAUGUAAGAAUAGACAAACUUGACGUUUGAGAUUGUAACUUUUAUAGUUCUAAUUUGUGGCAUUCCAUUUUACCCAUGGUGGGUGUUUUUGCUGAUGUCUCUCAAUGCUUGAGUCGAAAACCAAACCUUCAAAAACUGUUAAUACUACGCCAGGCCCCAAACACUUCAUAAUUGGCCAUUCCUUUCCGUGGAACUUCAUUCAAGAUCAGCAAGAAACCAACUUGAGGUCCUCGUUGUCUGCAGCAGACACUGAACCCUUUUUCUACGAACUGGGAAACGCUCUCCACCAAGGGGAGGCAAAAGAGACAUGUUGGGUGCAGGGAGGGUGAGGCAUGCCACCCGGGGAACAGAGGAUGUUUUCAGUCAUGCUCCUAAUGUUUUUCUUCAGCAUGCCACAUUGCCAACUGUGAUUCAGCCAAACGUCUUUCACACCUACUUAAAAUGUGGAAGACCGAGGCCUUUGCCAAGACAAGCACCGAUCUCUCAAGUGGGAAGCAGUCUAGGAUGAGGAUAGUCCAUUGUGAGGUAUGACAUGUUUUCCUUUUGUCCUCUGCACAGUCCAAAUUUGCAUCACCAAUCUCAAAACUGUACUGUUUAUUCACAAAUAUUUCACUUUCUCAAAAAACGCUCACAGAGACUCAUUAAGGGUCUUGACUUACUCUGUUUUAAUUGUCGGGGUUAUGUGUUUGUCAGCUGCCUUUGUAUCUUGAAGUGCAAUAAGUAUAUAAUUUAACUUUUAACUAAGAUCAGCAUGUAACAAACAAUUACAGCACAUGAAAAGUGCUGCUGGAGAAUGAAGCAAACUCCCUCAGUACAUGUAGCAGGUAGUAAGGUGAAGGUGUUUGUACGAGAUCUUGCACAAGACCAUUUUCAGUGAUUUAAAGCAAGUAAUUUAACUGCUUUGUUGUGUAAUCAUUCUUCAGCUCUCUCAACUACGUAGACUCUUAUUAACCUUUCCAUACUUUGCUGCAUGGCUCAUUUGAUUUUAGAAUUAGUAGACCACAGUAAUCUUUUCAAACUUCAGAGAGCAGUCUUGUUAGUGGGAAAUCUCAGCGGAGCCUUCUCUUCAUUAACAAACCCCACUGUGAGACUCAUACACAGGAGAGUGAUAAUUAAAAAAACUUACACUUGUGAAUUUACUGGCCGAGUUUUUUUCAGAGAUCCUGUCAUUGUGGCAGAAUGUGUGACAAUCUAGGAGCUCUUAAAGUAUUCAUCUUGAUAGAUAUUCAGACAUGUAGACCUAAAACUACUGAGCUAUUUAAUCGCUAUCGGUAAUAAAAAAGAAACUUCACUUGGUGGUAAAAGCUCAACAGUUGCUGAUCUGCAAAACGGGCACUUGCAGAUCCGAGAGGAGGGCCGAGGAGGAAGACAAGUAAACAUAAGCCUCGUUUUAAUUCGAAAAUAAAUUACAUAGUCUCUUGAUAACUAUUAAAAACAGUUUAACUCACUUUCACAAACAUCCAAACAAGUUAAUCUCCAGGGAACAAUGGAAGAAGUUAUGCAAUCAAGAAUAUACUCGACCCAUGGGAAUUAUGGUCCAACAUAUUUAUCAUCAAAAUGGCCCCCAGUCCACUGUACAGCUAACUCUUAAUCCAUUCAACCCUGACUUCAUUUUUUAUUCCUAAUGUGCAGCAGAUUUAUUGUUUAAUUUGUGCCAAGAGGUGGCAUCACGAGGUUGCAUGUUUAAAUGAAAACCAUAUAUCGUAACCCUACACUCGUACUCGGCCCCACUUCGAAAACAACAAUCUCUUCCGUUAUGCGCCGUGAGCAGCGCGCUUCAGAAAAAACCCCCCAAAAAAACCACUCAGAGCUGUGUAAUAAAGGGUGACAACACGCGUUACCUUCACCGUGAUCACUGACGUCUCUAAUCACAGGCCUGUGGGCCGUCCACAACUCAACAGUCCAGAUCUCCAGAUGAAAACAAACGUCCCCCCGCAGCAGAUGUAGCAUCCACCCCGUAAGAAAGAUGAUGAUUGAAUCCAGGUGUGGGAAGAGAUAAGUCCCAUAAAAAUGCAAUGGUGUGUGAGGUCAGCUGAGGAGGCCCAACAGCUGUAGAGCAACUGGAAAGGAAAUGUUAGACCAAAGACAUCAAGAGAAAGAGGAGCGAGAUUAUCUAGUGAUGGAUUUAAUCAUUUUGAGGCACUGUUUGGUAAAUGGAAAAAGGAAGGGGAAAAUAUUAGUGGUCUCUGGCCUCACAGUCCAUCACUUACUGAGUAUCGGGCUUCGAAAGUGGUUGCACAUGGAAGAAUGCAGGUUUUUCAGAGGAGAACGCUUUGACAGGAGAAUUGGCUUAUUCAUGAGGAGAAGUUAUCAGAGGAGUUUGAAGGACAAGGUAACAGUAAUAGGCCGAGUAAACCUUUAUAUAAGGCUUUGCAUGUGAAAAGUAAGCUGGGCUUUCCCAACAGUUGCUUUGUCUUCUGGGGAACUUCAAAGAAGAUUAAAGAUCCUCCAGAGUGUCUGGUUUAAUACCUCAAGAAAAGAAACUUUCCAAAGACUUCAGAAUCAAAUAAGGGCAUUUGAGACUGAAUCCAACAGAUAAAACACGCCGCAACAAAAAAAAGGAGCAGCAGCAAGGGUUUCAGUUUUACAGGGAUUCAAUGUUAAUAUCACAAAUGUAGCUUUAAGGAGCUCAAUGUAUUUUUGUUUUACAGCCUAAAACGAAUACUUUGACAUUUUUGGAAAUAAGAUUAUACACUGUCUUGCUCAGAGUUGGAUAAAAAGAUCAACAGCGCUCUUAUUUCUGUCCAUUAAACGAGGCCAGAGCCAGUGGAAACAGGGUAAACAGCUUGCCAGGGUCUCUGCUGAGAGAUUAAAAAAAAAAAAAAAAACCUUAAUGCCUCUGGCAGGAAAGGUCAUUUUUACACUUGCACGAGUUCAACAGUGAGCUUAAAAUGUGUUUUAGGUAAAGUUUGUCACCUUUCAACAAAACUAGACUUGCUGUUUUUAUUUUUUCUACACGUUAAAGCUAAGCUAAGAUAGCUGGAGCUUGGUACUUACUGUAGUUCAUAGACAUGGUUUGAAUCUCCUCAUCUAAACCGAGCCAAAAAGAACACAUAACUGUGUUUCCCAACAGCAUGCUAUUGUUUUAUCCCCUUAGACUGACUAAACAUGGACUGUUUUUAGUAACAGUCAAAACCCGGUGAAGUUAAUUGCCUUCGAUUAAUACUUAAUAACCUCACUUUGCGUCUUACAGUGGCUGCAUAGUAGUAAUGCUAACCGGCUGCAUUUCACUAAAGCUCUCAAUCUACCAGAAAGCACCAAAAAUUUCACAGUAUCUUAAGCGUGUCAGAUUCAUCCAUUUUCUCUUCUGUACAGUCCAGCUGGUCUCAAGGAGAUCAUAAUUUAUUCAGAAGGUCAUCCACGGGAAAAAAAAAAAAAACCCUUCUAAAAAACUUUCUGGAGUCUACAAAGAAGAGUUGUAUAUUUGGCACUGUGCUCCAGGAAGCCGCCCUGAGCGCCAGUAAAAAAAAAAAAAAAAUCACACAAACAAACUCCUGAUCAUUUUCUCUGUCAGCGCUUAACUAUUGCAUGGUGAUGCCAAUCUCUCGUUUCUUUUUACGUGUAAAUUGUGUAUUGUAUGAAAUAUGCUAUAAUUGUAUGAACAAGAAACUGUAAAUAAA